CUAGUUUGUUUGAUUAUUUGAAAUUACAAAUCGAAAACGUUUAUCAAAUUUUGUCACUAUUUAAUUAUAAUAAACAAAAGUCAACUAAUUUUAGAUAUUUUACUAAAAUGAGUAAACCUCCGGAAUCGCCAGAAAAAUGCUGCAUUCAGACAGAAAAACACAGUGUUUUAAUAGCUCAUGGAUUGUGUUCAUUGUUAGAACAUCAGAGUUUAGUAGAUAUUGCUGUUUGUUGUGGUAGUAACAUUUUACUUGCACAUAAAAUUGUUUUAGCAGCAAACAGUCCGCUCUUUAGGGAAAAGUUUGAGCAAAAUCCGAACAUUGAGCAAGUUAUACUGUCAGGCACAGAAUUCACUGUCAUUCGAUCCCUUAUAGAGUUCAUGUAUUGUGGUGAAACAUACAUAAACGAAGAUCUCAUCAAGUAUUUAGUUGCUUUUGGAAGAAUGUUACAGAUGGAUAUAUUAGAGAAUCUAGCCAAUGAACAUAAUUUUUCAGAUGAUUUCAUUGUAUUGCCGCAACCCCAAUUCCUCACCAAGAAACCCAAGUAUCCUGCAUUUCCGUUCAGUACAUCUAGCCCACCUCCUGCAUGUUCCACCCCUCUAAAACCCUUGAAUUACAACGUCAACCUUUACAAACCCACGAAAAAACGGAAAGUCCGCGACGAAGCCGAGCACCAAGCGUGUCUUAAGGAAGCCUUGGCGAGUAGAAGAGCAAUAGCCAAUCUAAAAAAAGAAAUUGGAAUUGCUCCCCAAUCGAGUACAUUCAUCAUUGAAGACACUUGUACCGAAACGACAGUGGAAAAUUUUAUACCGAAUUCGGGCGAAUCAGGUUUCGUAGAAUUGGACCUUAAUGGACAGAUCGUCUUACCAGAAAGUCAACAGUUUGCACCUGAACUGGGAAAAUCCAACAUUAUUCAGUUGACAUUGCCGAAUGGCGAACAGAAUUUGACUGCCGAGAAAAUUAAGAAAAUAUUGGGAAAUCAGGCUAAUUCUAACGUGGAAAUUAUGUUUAGGACUAACGAUGGAAAUUUUGUCACUGUUACUGACGAUGUCUUGCAGAAUUUGCAGAAAGAUGGUUUACAAUACCAAGUGAUAGACGAAGAAGGAAGAAUGGGCGAAGUGCAGGAACUUCAACUUUUGAACAAAGAUCAGCCGGAAAAAAUAGAAAAUCCCCAUGAGAAUGACGAACCCGUCCAAUUUUUCAAAACUCCCAAAUUAGCCGAACUACCAACAACGAACGACUUGCAACACGCCGUCGUUUUGCCAUUGAUGUCGAACGACAACGAGAUGAUGACGGACAUGAAACCGACACAGGAUUUCGAAGUUGCGCAUUUCUUCCAAAAUCCCAAAAUUGAAAAUGACACCGAUUCCAUGACCAUUUCCGAAAACAUAUUGGAGAAUUCGAAAUUUUCCCCGGAUAUGUUUUUCACCGAAUCCGGUGACAGUAGCGACAAGUGCGAUAAGAAAAAUAUUAGUCGUAAGGGUAUAAUGCUCACACCUUGAAUUUUUUGUAAAUAUAUUUUAAGUUUAACAGUUUAAGGAGAAAUGAUAUUAGAUGACUUCAAAUUUGGUAUCAUUAAAAAAUAUUUUAUUAAAAGAAGCAUGUUUUUUAAAAAUACUUUAGAGUGGUGUAAUUUCUAAAGACUACACAAUUUCUUGUACAAGAUUUGAUACAAUUUCUUGUACAGUUUAAAUUAUGUAGUAGAAUACAGUAAAUUAAUUGAAAAAUCGAAUUUUUUAAACA